GUUCCUGCUCACUCUGUAUCGUGGCAAGCGCUCGCUGCAGUUUGACAUGCGAGUAUCAGCAGAUAUUUACGUCGAGCAAGAGAUCCUCGCGGGUUGCCCUUUCGCCACCACUCUCCUGUUCUGCUGUUUGCUAGACGUGUUGGACGACGCGGUCCGCCUCUACCCCAGCGUAUCCCUCUACAAUGUCGUGGAUGACAUCACUAUCGGUGCUGUGGGUAAGCGUAAGCAUGUGAUUCACAUGGUUCUGAGAGCCACCAAGUUCAUCUGUUUCCAGCUUGAGGCCCUGGGGUUCACCAUCUCUCCCACCAAAGGCAUCGUCACGGGCUCGUCGGCCCAGAUCGUCCAGGUCACCCGCGUGGGGCUCAUGUUCUGGGACCUCAAGGGCACGGGGGCCACGAAGAACCUGGGCGUGGACUUCGCAGGGGCCCCCAAGCGCUCUACCAAGGACCACAAGUUGGACCCGACCUACCAGGCGAACCAGCUCCCUCUAGGAAUGUGGCACCAGGCUAUCCAACAACGAUGGCUUCCCAGGUCCAUGCUCAGCAGUUGCUGGAAGCACUACCUGACCUCCAACUCCGCUGGCAAGUGGCCCAAAGUUCUCGGCCCCACUGGCGUCGUUUUGGCCACCUUGCCGCGCCUCGGGCGGGCGGGAGUGGAGUUCGACAAGUGGGACAUCGUGGACGGGAUCUCUAUCGACCUUGCAUCGUUUGGUAGGCACACGGUGGCCACCUUGGUCGAGCAGGCCACGUUCCGCCAGCUAUUGCGACAUGUUUCCGCCCCGAACGCUGCUGGCCAGUUUUGCCCGCCCCUCAUCUCAGCGGUCCGAGAGGAGCCCCAGGCCCUUCGGAAAAAUGAUAACGUCGACGCUACCAUCUUCCUGAGUGGAGUUGUUGCAGGAGGAUACCCGUGCCAGCUGCAGUUGUUCGCUGACCGCCGCGCGUUGAACCCCAACUGUCUCCCCUGCGGUCAGGCCUCUGGGACCCCCAAGCACAGGCUCUACGA